UAGGUCUUUGUGUGUGUGUGUGAAUUCAACUAAAGGGCGAGAUGUGGUGUGAUCGCAGGAACUCAAACCAGGUGGGCAGGCAAUAAGGCUUGACAGAAGAUGCAACGGGGGUGGUGGCUCGUCAGAUGGCUGGGGACAGGAAUGGCAAUCCUCUCUUUGGUAACCCACAGCUGGGGCCAGGACACAGAAGACUGGCAGUAUGAGGAGUGUAAGCUGUCUCGGCCAGGCCCCCCUGCAACCAUCGUGACCAUCGAUGAGGAGAGCCCCAACGGCACAGUUUUGGUCGAAAACAUGCAGAUAAAUGGCCAUGCCCAAGACCCAGGAAGAACCAUCUCACUGACGUUACUGGACAACUACGACUACUGGGUGAUACUGGAACCAUCUCGACAGAGGCUCUACCUCAACAGCACUGGACGUGUUCUGGACAGAGAUCCCCCACACUUAAUCACCACCAUCGUUGUCCUGGUCCAGUGCACCAACGAGCUGGUUGGUACAGUCAUUUUUCACGAGGUCCGGAUUGUUGUGAGGGACAGGAACGACAACACCCCUCGCUUUCAGCAGCCACGCUACUAUGUCGCAGUAAAUGAGCUCACACCAGUUGGAACGACCAUUUUCACCGGCUUCUCAGGAAAUAAUGGCGCCACGGAUAUUGACGACGGACCCAAUGGACAUAUUGAAUACGGCAUCCUUUACAACCCCAAUGACCCGGAUUCUAACAGAACAGUGGCUGUCGCAAACACCUUGUCAGGACACAUUAUUCUGGCAGAGAGGCUUAACUAUGAGGAGAGAACUCGCUACCUGGUUUUGGUCCAAGCCAAUGACCGCGCCCCGUACCCUCCCAACAGACGCACGGCUACCACGACUCUGACCGUGGAUGUUCUUGAUGGAGACAACUUGGGACCCAUGUUCCUGCCUUGUGUUCUUGUGAACAACACCCGGGACUGCAACCCCAUCACCUACCGAGUCGCCAUCCCUGAAUUCACUGAACCGAGCAAACUAAACCCACUGAAUGUGAUCCCGCCGAUCCGCGCAGUGGACAUGGACAAAAACAUACAACCCCCAUCAAACAGACCAGGCAUCCUUUACUACGUCCUGGUUGGUCAUCCAGCUGCCCAUGCCCAGUAUUUCUCCCUGAACAGAAGCACUGCAGAGCUGCGUGUUCUGCAACCAGUCAGUAGGGACCUUUAUCAAAGGUUCACACUCAUCAUCAAGGCUGAACAGGACAACGGUCAUCCACUCCCUGCCUUCGCUGACCUCAUUAUCGAAAUCCUGGAUGAGAACAACCAGGCGCCAUAUUUCCAGUUUGCCACCUAUCAGGGCUAUGUGAGCGAGUCCUCCCCUGUCGGCACGACUAUCUCAGCCAGUGCUAACCUCACUGCUCCCCUGGGAAUCAUUGCUUUGGAUAACGACAUCGAGGAGACGAAAGACCCCAUGGCGAAGGUUACCAUGGAUGACUACACCGCGAUCUUUGGCCUGACCCCGACCGGGAUAAUCCGCUACUUGAGGCUCCUCAAACCUGUGGACCGGGAGCAGCAGAUGGUCUAUACGUUCACGAUGGUUGCAUCAGACGGCGUCCAGCAGAGCAGCCCGGUUACUGUAAACAUCCUGGUCAUUGAUGCCAAUGACAACACGCCCACAUUUGCCGAGGUAUCCUACAGCGUCGAAGUCUUCACAGACAUGCAGCCAGGCGAGACGGUGCUACAGUUGACAGCAGCAGAUGCUGACGAGGGCCUGAACGGUCUGGUGACUUAUGAGAUACUGGCCGGUGCUCAGGGAGACUUCAUCAUUAGCAACCGCACCGGACGCAUUACCGUGGCACCUGGUGUCACUUUAAUGGUGGGACGAUCUUACGCAUUGACUGUCAAGGCCUCUGACAACGCACCGGAGACCCAGAGAAGGAGCUCCAUCACUACAGUGUACAUCGAGGUUUUGCCUCCCAACAACCAGAGCCCCCCACGCUUCCCACUUCUCAACUACAAUCUGGAAAUCAGCGAGGCCAUGAGGAUAGGAGCGAUUCUGCUCAAUCUACAGGCCACAGACAGAGAAAAUGACCCGAUCACGUACCGCAUCGUGAGCGGCGAUUCCCAGGGGGUCUUCAACCUCUCUCAAACGAUUGGCCUGCUCCUCCUGGGAGAGCCGCUGGACAGAGAGACCACAGAUCAGUACCGUCUGAUUGUCACAGCCUCCGACGGCAACCCUGGAGGGACUUCAACGACUACUGUGAACAUAGUUGUCACUGAUGUCAACGAUAAUGACCCUGAUUUUGACCUCACCAUGUCGACAAAUUUUACUGCCCGAGAAGAAGAGGCCGAUCUGCUUGUGGGACAAGUCAUGGCCACAGAUCCAGAUGCAGGAGCUAAUGGACAGGUGCGCUACCGGAUUGUGAAUCAUCCUGACCUGUUUACAAUCAGUGCUAAUGGCAGUAUCUACACAAGAGUGCCACUCGACCGUGAGCUCAGGAGCCAGUAUGAUCUAGUAGUAGAGGCUUCAGAUGGAGCUGUGGAUCCCAGACGGACCACUUUGUCGGUAUCCAUCCAGGUCAUGGAUAUUGAUGACAACAGUCCGGUCUUCUCCCAGCAAACAUAUGUUGUGAAUGUACCCGAGAACAGCCCUGUGGGAACACUGGUCCUGAAGCUGAGCGCAGAAGACUCAGACCUUUUCUCCAACGUCACGUAUCGGAUCAAAACUGAAUCUGCCAGACAGCUGUUCUCUCUGAACCCUGUCACGGGGGAGUUAGCUGUGCUGCAGACCCUGGACUUUGAGGACCUAGCAGCUAUGGGCAUGGGGGCCUUGUACACUUUCCAGGUGGAGGCUGUUGACCAGGGAGGCGUCAUGCCCCCGGGGCAAGCUACCGUCACGGUCCGGAUAACGGACAUGAACGACUUCUCCCCCAUCUUUCGCCAAGACCUGUAUAAGGGCAUGGUGGCCCCAAAUGCAGAGAAAGGAACCGUCAUCACUACUGUGUCUGCUACAGACCAAGAUCCACCAGGAACCCCGGCCAGUUUUGUCCGCUACAGAGUGGACCACGACAGGUCGCCGUACAGCGGGAGCAUCUUUGAUGUGGAGGAGGAAACUGGAAGAGUCGUCACCAAGGUCAACCUUAAUGAAGAGCCAAGCGUCACCUUUAAGUUGUUUGUGAUCGCCUAUGACGACGGCGAGCCGGUGAAGACUAACAGCACUUUGGUGGAGAUCACUGUCCUCCAGCCCUCUCGCAUCCCGAUCUUCACCCAGGAAGAGUACAGGUUUGCUCUUGUUAGCGAGCUGGCUCCGAGCGGCACAGCAGUGGGGACAAUCCUAGCUGCUGCUAUCAACCAAACCAUCUUCUACUCCAUAGUGGCUGGAAAUGAACUAGGUCAUUUCGAGGUGAACAACAGGACAGGCGUCAUCUCCACAGCUAAACCUCUGGAUUAUGAAAAUGUGACCUCCUAUGUGCUCCGGGUUCAGGCGGACUCCAUGGUGGUCGUCAUGUCCAACCUGCGUGUGCCUUCAAAAACUAACACAGCGAAGGUUUACAUCGAGGUGGAGGAUGAGAACGACCACCCGCCCGUCUUCUCCAGGAAGCUCUACAUAGGCGGCGUGACGGAGGACACAAAGAUCUUCAGCUCGGUGCUAAAGAUAGUGGCCACUGAUAAAGACACGGGGAAUUACAGUAAGAUGGCUUACCGGCUGAUUAUCCCACCCACACCAGAGGGCCAAGACAGCUUCGUCAUAGAGACUUACACGGGAAUCAUCAAGUCAGCCAUCAUGUUUCGAAACAUGCGCAGGUCCUACUUCACCUUUAGGGUUAUUGCCACGGAUGAUUAUGGAAAAGGCCUCAGCAACCGUGCUGACGUGGUGGUUUCUGUUGUCAACGCAUUGGACAUGCAGGUUGUCGUGUCCACUGUCCCUCCACAUUUAGUGGAAGAGCAUAGGGAGGAGCUCAUCAGAGUUCUGGAGCGUCACGUCCAGGACCAGAUACCAGGCGCUAAGGUGAUUGUAGAAUCCAUCGGGCCACGUCGUCAUGGUGACGGCUUUGAACUGGAGGACUACAGCAAGUCCGACCUGAUGGUGUACGCCAUUGACCCGCUCACAAACAGAGCCAUUUCCCCUAAGGAGCUCUUCAAAUUUCUCGACGGGAAUGUUCUGGAAAUCAACAAGGAGUUCCAGCCGUACCUGGGUGAGGGCGGCCGCAUCCUCGAGAUCCGUUCUCCGGAUAUCGUUGCGAGUGUAAAGAAAGCGGCCCAGGCCGUGGGCUACACGGAGGGAGCACUCCUGGCGCUCGCCAUCAUCAUCAUCCUCUGCUGCAUCCCCGCCAUCCUCAUUGUCAUGGUCACCUACAAACAGUUCAAAGAGCGCCAGGCAGAGUGUGCCAAAACUGCCAGGAUUCAGAUGGCUUUACCACCAGGAGGGAAAGCAGCUCCUGCAGCUGCUCCCAGCGCUAACCUCUAUGAAGAGCUGGGUGACAGCAGCAUGAGGCGAGGCUACGGCAGACAGCAACUGCUGAGGCCUUCUCUUCUGAGACCUGAGGAGCUCUCCAUGGAAUCCGGUAUCGACCCGGGCCAGGACUACUACACACAGGACUACUACAAUUACGACCAAGGGUAUGACCUUCCUCAAUACGGCAGUCGACGGAGGCUGAUAACUCCCAUGUAUGAUGAAUACGGGGAGGUGAUCGUGGAGGAUGAUGGGUAUUUCUACAGUCCUCAUGGCCCCGAGGUUGGGAUAAAGAAGCGGAUAAAGCUGGUUGUAGAUCGAGAGAACGAAACCAGCUCGACAGGAGAGGAGAGCGCCACGGAAACUCAGAGGAACAGACUCCCCAACAGCCACAGCAACAUCAACGGGAACAUCUACCUCUCACAGAACGGAACUAUCGUCCGAACUAGGCGACAGCCCCACCCGAACAACCUGAAGGUGGGCUCUCCUUGCCGGCUCGGUAAGCAUUUUAAAAAACUAGACAAGUUGGGAGUGACACAUGAAGAACCCCCUCCCAUCAUUAGCAUCGAGGGUACAGGAAACAACACAGAAAAUGGAACCGGCACAUGUGUCUCCUCUAGUGUGGAUGUCAACUUAAACACUCAGUCCUGUGGCACGCUGGGAUCCACCAACACAAUUCUUAGAAGUUUUGGGUCCAGAAACAAUAUUGCCAAGACCUUGAUUGACAGGAACAGCGUGGGCCCAUGUGUCAAUGAGGAGCAAGAGACUUGUGUUGACAACCACAAGGCCAGCAGGGAGACACUGGAGUCCCACAGUGACCACACGUUAUCGGACGAGGACGAGCUAUGGAUGGGACCGUGGAACAGCCUGCACAUACCAAUGACAAAACUCUGACUGGAAAUGCAGGAAAUGAAUUUCCUUUUUUCGUAAUGUUCCUGUCUUUAUCAUGUUGCGUUUGUUUAGAAAAAAAUAUUGAACAAAUGAUUGUGUGCCUCAACUGGACAAGCUCACAUCACUGUCCAUGACAGAUGAUUGCACUUCGAGUCCAAUUUUCAUUUCAUCAUAUUAUGUUAGAACUUACUUUUACCAAGAGUUUAUCACCGACAGGGCUAAUAGAGACAGGAACUAAGAGCUGCAAGGCAGUGAGUGCCUCAAAGAAAUAUGUCACUUUAUGUGAACUGUGCUCGACAUGAUUUUUUUUUUAUCUUUAUCUUUAUCUACCACGGAAGAUGGGCCUGUUUUAUGAAGUGAUUCCAUGUUUUUUUCUUUAAUUUCUCAGCCUCAUUUUUUUGUUGUUGUUUUUUUUUUUGAUUAUCCUAAAACAGAUCACAAAGAUUGUUGUUCGUUUCACUAUGAUGUUAAAGGGAAGUCAUGGUGAGUAUAUAAAGAAAUGGUGAUUAUAUAGUAUAUGAUAAAGAGUAAAAAAUCAAUUAUUUUGCUAAUAGCGUUUUACUUAAAAAAAAAAAAAAAAAAGAAUAACGAUUGUCAUUGAUUAUUUUAUGUUGUGAUCACUCUAUAAUGUUUUUGGGGAAAUUUCUGAAAAAUCUAUCAAAUUAUUUUUGUCUAUUUUGUAUCUAACAGAGCUGGAGAAUCUAUCAAAUGACAUUAAAGAUAUAAUACCCAUGUGUAUGUCAUCGCUGUAUUUCAGCUGGGAAUGAAGACAGUGUGAUCAAAGUGUUUUUAUAUUGACAUUUGUAACAGAACGCAGUAUUUUCCAACCCAUUUACAACCUGCAGACUCAACCUGUCAGUGAGUAUUUAUUCACUGACACAUCAGGACCCCAAAUAAUGGGAAAAGGACAACCAAAAAA